AGAUGUUUUGGGUGGGCGGGAACAAGAACAACAACAAGGAAGUGAAGCCGCUACCGAUAAAAGAUGUUUAGUCGUUAAAUUCCGUUAACUUUCCACCGGUUGCACUUCGGAUCGGUAAGAAAAUACCGCCUGUUGGACCAACAACACCGGAACCGAAAAUGGACACUGUACGAAAACGUCGAGACAACGAUUUACAGCCGCAUAGCACUCCUGCUGUUCUGAAGGAAAAUGUGCCACAGAAGGAACAGCAGCACUUCCACUCCGACCUGUGGCUCUUCCUGACUCUGCAGAACUGGAUACUGGACUUUGGCAGGCCGAUCGCCAUGAUCAUCCUUCCUCUCGAGUGGUUUCCCCUGAACAAGCCCAGCGCUGGAGACUAUUUCCACAUGGCCUACAACGUCAUAACUCCAUUCCUGAUGCUCAAGCUCAUUGAACGAAGUCCAAGGACGCUGUCUCGCACCGCCAUCUACCUCUGCAUCAUCACUUUUGUCAUGGGAGCCAGCAUCCACCUGGUGGGAGACUCCAUCAACCACCGGCUCAUCCUGAGUGGCUACCAGCUGCACCUGUCAGUCAGAGAGAACCCCAUCAUCAAAGACCUGAAGCCCACUUCCCUGAUCGACUCCUUUGAGCUGCUGUAUUAUUACGAUGAACAGCUAGGACACCUGAUGUGGUAUAUUCCUUUCUUCAUCAUCCUGUUCAUCUACUUCAGUGGCUGCUUCUCCAGCGCUGAAGAACAAAAGAAGAUUCCCGUCUGUGGUUGGCUGUUGCUGGGACCCAGCGCUCUCUACUAUUGGUAUUUGGUCACCGAAGGACAAAUCACUGAACUCUUUCUCCUCACCUUCCUGGCUAUGGUUGCCAUGCUGAUACAUCAGCGGCGUAAAGGCCUCAGCCCCGACGGUAAUGGCCUGUUCCUGUUCUACAGCUUCAGCCUCACCGUGCUGCUGGUGGCUGUGUGGGUGUCCUGCCUGUGGAGCGACCCGGUGCUACGAAACAAGUACCCCGGACUCAUCUACGUCCCGGAGCCCUGGUCCUACUACACCCUGCACAUCAAGGACAGCCGCUGAACAAGCUGCCGAGGUCCUCUGAGUUUUAGAAGGACUCAAACCACUCCUGUCUGGAUGAACUGACUCACUGUGACUCAGAUGGUUUCUGCUCUCUGACAGCAGCCAUCAAUGAAACUCAUUAUACUGCAAAAACUCUAAAUCUUACCAAGUCUAUUUGUCUUAUUUUUAGUCAAAAUGUCUCAUCCCACUUGAUUUAAGAUAAAUUCACUUAACAAGAGACAUUUCAGCAGAUGGAGGGACUUGUUUUAAGACAAUGCAUCUUAAAUAUCUUGUUAAGUCAAAUCAUCUUGAAAUUGUCUUGUUUUGAGUUGAAUUUUACAAGAAAACUCAAAAUAAGUUUAAUACAUCUCAAAUUAGGAGGUUACAUGAAAGCUAAAAUGUAUUUUUGACUGAAAAACUACUAUUUUUUAGCAUGUCUGGCUUAUUUUAAGACACCUAAACUUGACAAUCCUGGUAAAAUAGAGUUUCAAAUAAGUUUCCCAGCUAAUUUUGAGAUCUCAACAUUCUAAAUAUCAUAUCUUUUUUCAAGAAAUCUUACCAAGACAUUUUUCACUUGUUCUAUUGGCAGAUUUUUUCACUUAUUUCAAGUUAAAAGUUCCUUGAAAUAAGUUUUUUUUCUUGUUUUGAGAGGGGCAUUUUUUCUAGUGUAAUGAGCACAAACUCUGCAGUAAAACUCAAAGAUCUGCCGGCUUCAGAGAGAAAUGUGUCUCCUCUUUGUGUUUCAGUGUCAAUGAUUGCCUUCUUUGUUGUUGGAUCUUGUGACUGAGAAAGAUUCCAUGAAGGACUCCAGCUCUGAACAUCAUGUAUGACAUUCAGGAAUGACUGAGCCUUCUCACUGCUCAUAUCUAACACUCAAUGUAAGGCUGAACUUCUUUCAGAUGCUGUGUUUUUUUCCCAUUCAGGGUAAAGCCAGGACUCUUAUUGACCCACUGAAGGCAGGAGUGGUCCAGUAUUUAGUCCUGGUAUUACCAUUAUUUUAUUGACACAUUAGGACAGUAGUAGUAUAGUUUUGUUGAUAAUGCCACAAGUUAUUAUACACAUCAAAUAAAAAAAAACGAGACAAAAAAUUACACAAAUGGCACAAACGAGACCAAAAAUGACAAAAGCGAGAAACAAAACAUCAAAAAAUUAGACUGACGACACAAGCGAGACAAAAAACACAAAAUGACAAAAACGAUCCAUAAAACAACAAAGAAAGCAAAACAUAAAAUGACAAAAAUAAAAAACCACAAGCGAGACGAAAAGGAAACACAAAACAACAAAAACAUGAGACGAAUGACAAAAAUUAGACAAAAAAGCAACAAAAACAAGACAAAAUAUUACAAAAACGAGACACAAAACGUCAAAAGAACAAUGAACAAUCUAGUAUUUUACUUUAUGAUCCAAACAACUUGUCAUGGUCUAGAAAUGAUUUUAAAUUUAUAGUUUUACUAAUUUCCAAUCUGCAGUUAAUGUCUUCUGUGGAAUUUUUACAGUUUGAGGGCCAGAUUGGAUGCUCUGGAGGGCCGCUUUUGGCCCAAGGGCCGCAUGUUGGACACCCCUGGUACUGUUUACAGACGUGGUUUCAGGUUUCCCAUCUACCGAUCAGCAGAAGAACAAAUCAACAUCUUUCUGCAACAGAAAUUCAGCGCUGUUUCGGAGUUAUUUCAGUUGCAAUGAAAAUGUAAACGUGUUAGAACAUAUAGACCUUGAAGAAAGGUCGUGGAACUUCAGUGGUGUGAAUUGACCACAGAGCACUCUGAGCUGCCGUGACAGUUUGACAACAGACGAUGUGUUUCAGAACAAGACGAGAAUGAAAUGCUGACAACCUCGUAUGAUUACAGUAAAUCUACACACUGAAAAAUGAAUCUCACCUUGAAACCUGAAAGAAUUCAGCCAACGGAUGGCUAAACGCUGCAGCAACGAUCUGUAAAAACUCAGAUGAGAAAAGGUUCCUGCCGAUCGUUUCUGGUUUUUAGAAAAGAAAAGAAGAAGAACAUGAAACAGAUUAUUCACUGACUCAGGAACUCCAUGUACAACAUAGAGACAGGAAAUGUAAGGUACAUGGCACCUGUCAAACCAGAUUAAACUUCAGAUACAGCCAUGUAGGGUACGAGAGAACAGUUUAAAACGCUAGAAAAACAGCUUAGAGACAAAAAAAAGCAAUUAAAACUUCUCAUCCAAGAAGUGAAACAUCUUCAAGAACCUAAAAGAAAAGUUCAGCUGCUUUUAUCUGAAGCUUCAAGGAUUUCUGUGACCUGGAGAAUCUCUAAAGACAAGAUGGAAAAUAGCAACACAUAGCCGGAAUAUUAAAAAGAAAAGAAAAUGUUAGAUUAGUUUUAUGAUAACUCAACCCAUCAGUGGAACAUAAAGAUGAGACCUUUAAAGCCACAUUUAAAAAGCAGCUGCUGGAUGAAGCUUUGAUUGUUUUUAAAGUCUACAUUAUCUCGGGUAACAUUUCAUACUCUGACAGGUUUUGGUGAAAUCUUUUUGACUGGCUUUCCUUUAUUACAUUUCAAUAUGUGAUCAUAUUUACUGUUUACUGAAUGAUAUGUGUAAUGUACCAUAUUCUGCUGUUUACAGUGGAUUAAUCUGCUGUACAGAAGAUUUAACGUUUUCCAAAAGGUCAAGGAAACAUUAAAAGGAGACGACUGUUAAAAUGCAAAUAUAAACUUAUUUGAACUGAUGAAUUUUCUUUUGUUUUUACGUGACUGGAUGUCAUUUCCCUUAGAGUUAUUGUUUUUCUGUGUAAAAUUCUGUAUUAAUUUUGAUUAGUGUUGCUUACUUUCCUUGGAAAAUAUGAUUUUAUGUAAGUAUAUCUUUAUUAAAAUGUUAAAACUGC